UGUCUGAAAGUCUGAAUUCCUGACGGCUCCCAGCCCGACGCCGCCAUCCAGAUGCCUCGCGCGGUGUCUCGGUCGCCCCCGUCCUACCACCGCCGGCGCUCCCCUUCCCCGCGGUACGGCGGCCGGAGAAACCGACGAGACCGCAGCCGCACCCCCUACUCCUCCAGGCGAAAAACCCGGUCUCCUUCUCCAAGAUGGGAUAUGAGCUACUCUCCAACUCCUAGGAGGCAUAGAAGCCCUACAUCACCAAGGCGACACAGAAGACGGAGAAGUCGGAGCAGCACAAGUUCUCUUGUAAAUAACUCUUGCAGUCCAAGCCAUGGAUCAGAGCAAAACAAUUUGAUUGAAAAACAAAGGAAGGAGGAGGAAGAAAAGAAAAGGCUUCAAAAGGAAGCAGAAUUUAAGCUAUUGGAAGAGGAGCUUGCUAAGAAAGUUGAAGAAGCCAUAAGGAAAAAUGUCGAGGAACAUCUGAACUCUGAUGAGGUGAAACAUGAAAUAAAACGCCGAAUUGAGGAAGGUAUUAGGAAAUUAUUUGAUGAGGUUGAUGCUCAGCUACAAAAAGAAAAGGAAGCAGCUUUGCACGAAGCCAGGCAGAAAGCAGAACAGGAAAGAAGAGAGAGGGAGGAGUUGGAUAGAAUGCUUGAGGAGAACCGACUUAAAGUGGAGGAGGCCCAGAGAAAAGAAGCUCUGGAGCAGCAGCAAAAAGAGUUGGAACGAUAUUUGGAGCUAGAAAGGAUACAAAAGCAAAGAGAAGAAGCUUUACGCAGAAAGAAGAUGGAGGAGGAAGAAGAAAGAGCUAAAGAACUUAAAUUACUUGCGAAGAACCAGCAUUGACUUGGUGUUUAGUUUUGUAAUCUGGUCUCAUCUUACCACGGUGAGCAGAUAACUUUUGUAAUAGCUCUUAUGGUGGCUGCCUUUGUAGACCUUGCUCACUUCUGUGCUGGAUUGCAUUUUUAGUGUUUUCUGAAAUCCGUACAAUCGUACAAUCAGCCUGGUGGCUACUGAUUAUGCAAAACUCAAAUGCAAAAUGUUGCUCCUUUGAUUAUGGUUACAAAGGGACA